AUGGCUGAAGGUGCUAAAUCCAUUUUUGAUACUGUAUUAAACAAAACCAAAGAAGUUGUUAAUACUGCAGCUACUGCCACAAAGGGAUUAGCUGAUGUUGCAUAUGAGAAUGUUUCCAAGAUAAUUCCUGGACAAGUAAUUGGAAACCAUCAAUCUGAUACACAAGCAGCUGCUGGAAUUGACCAAAAUUCUCAAGUUCAGGAUGGUGGACAAGGAAAACAACCUCAACAAUAA